CGUGAAUUGCGGUCACACAACGUAAUGUAUAUAUUUUCCAUCUUGGAUUCUUGGGUCAAACAAAACCGAAUCUCUACUUCUGGAGCAGCUAGAAUUCUAUGCAUGCCGCCGGCGCAAGUUCAACAACUGCGGAGAUCUCUUCCACUCCUCCCCUUGACUCUCUCUGCACCAAACACGGAGGACUUUCAAACAAGCUUACCACUACUAGUACCAAGAACUUGGAGCUAGCUAGCACGGCAGCAGCUGGCGACCUCUGUGGGCUGUGGCUACCCCAACUGAAGGUAGAAGACGACGAUGGCGCCCGUGCCGCGUUCCGUGGCCGUGGCCGUGGCCCCCGGCGGCGACGAAGACACGGCCGCCGGCGUCGACGCGGACCAAGCCCGGCUUCACCAGCUGGGGUACAAGCAGGAGCUGAAGCGCGGGCUCAGCGUGGUGUCCAACUUCGCCUUCUCCUUCGCCAUCAUCUCCGUGCUCACGGGGGUCACCUCGACAUACAACACGGGGCUCCGCUACGGCGGGCCGGCGUCCAUGACGCUGGGCUGGCUCGUGGUCGCCUCCUUCAAUGGCUGCGUGGCUCUGUCCAUGGCCGAGAUCUGCUCCGCGUACCCGACCUCCGGCGGGCUCUACUACUGGAGCGCCAAGCUCGCCGGAAAAAGAUGGGCGCCCCUUGCCUCCUGGGUCACUGGCUGGUUCAAUAUCAUGGGACAGUGGGCUGGAACCACGAGCGUGGACUUCUCGCUGGCGCAGCUAAUCCAGGUGAUGGUCCUGCUGGGCACCGGCGGGGCCAACGGCGGCGGCUACCUUGCCUCCAAGUACGUCGUCUUGGCCAUCUACGCCGCCAUCCUCGUCCUCCAUGGCCUCAUCAACAGCCUCCCCAUCCGCUGCCUCUCCUGGUUCGGCCACCUCGGCGCCUUCUGGAAUGCCGCAGGUGUGUUCGUGCUGGUGAUCAUGAUCCCGGCGGUCGCCAAGGAAAGGGCGAGCAUCGAGUUCAUCUUUACCAACUUCAACACGGAGAAUGGCACGGGUAUCCAUGGGAAGCCCUACAUUUUAGCCGUGGGGCUGUUGAUGAGCCAGUACUCGGUCGUCGGCUACGAUACAUCUGCCCACAUGACCGAAGAAACGAAGAACGCGGACCGGAGCGGCCCGAUCGGGAUCAUCACCUCCGUCGGCCUCGCGACGAUCUUCGGGUGGAUCUACCUGGUGGCGCUGACGUCAAUCGUUACAGACAUACCAUACCUCCUCAGCCCCGAUAACGAUGCUGGUGGGUACGCCAUUGCUCAAGCUCUCUACAGCACAUUCCAAGCAAGGUAUGGCAGUGGCGCCGGCGGGAUAGCAUGCUUGGGCAUCAUCGCUGUCGCCAUGUUCCUCUGCGGCGUCGCCUGUAUCACCAGCAACUCGAGGAUGGGGUACGCCUUCUCUCGUGACGGGGCCAUGCCCUACUCCCACGUCUGGCACCGGGUGACAAAAAAAGAGGUGCCCCUCAACGUCGUUUGGCUCUCUGUUGUCAUCGCCUUCACCAUGGCCCUCACGUCGCUCGGGAGCGAGGUGGCAUUCCAGGCGAUGGUGUCAAUCGCCACGCUGGGCUUGUACAUCUCCUACGCGCUGCCCAUCUUCUUCCGCGUGACGACGGCCCGGAAGUCAUUUGUGCCGGGGCCGUUCCACCUCGCCAGGUACGGGGUUUUCGUGGGUUGGGCAGCCGUCCUCUGGGUGGCUUUCGUCACCGUGCUCUUCUCAUUGCCGGUGGCAUACCCAGUGGCCAAGGACAACUUUAACUACACGCCGGUGGCCGUCGGCGGUGUACUGGUGCUCAGUCUCGUCGCCUGGGUGUUUCACGCCCGGUUCUGGUUCGAAGGGCCCAUCGUAAAUGUUGACAUAGACUAGAGUUUUUUUUGUCUUGUAAACUUAAUCAACAGGGCGGCUCGCGCAUUUGUGCGACCAUAUCUACUGUGUAUUGUUGUGUUUUGAUCUUGAUUUCUCUGCAUAUUUGCUCACCA